AUGGCGGACCAGCUGACAGAAGAACAGAUUGCGGAAUUCAAAGAAGCGUUCUCACUGUUCGACAAAGAUGGCGAUGGUACCAUCACCACCAAGGAGUUGGGCACCGUGAUGCGAUCCCUGGGACAGAACCCCACUGAAGCAGAGCUUCAAGACAUGAUCAACGAGGUUGAUGCAGAUGGUAACGGCACGAUAGACUUCCCCGAGUUCCUCACGAUGAUGACGCGCAAGAUGAAGGACACGGAUAGCGAGGAAGAGAUCCGCGAAGCCUUCCGCGUUUUCGACAAGGACGGCAACGGAUUUAUAUCCGCCGCGGAACUGCGCCAUGUAAUGACCAACCUUGGCGAGAAGCUCACAGACGUAGAGGUGUACGAAAUGACCCGCGAGGCGGAUAUCGACGGCGACGGUCAGGUCAAUUACGAGGAAUUCGUCACCAUGAUGACGUCGAAGUGA